AUGCCCUCUGUGCAGCAAUUUCUUAACCCGAUUGAACCUUUACACUAUGAACGAUAUAUCGCUUCCUCACCUGAUGGUGUAUGUCCGGGACAGAUCGAUUCUAUCAAGCGGGACUUUGCGGAAAGAGAGCCGUCCUUGGCGAAUCAGGCGUCAAACCCGAAACGCCGGGCGACAGGCUUCGAGAACGCAGCCAAGCUGAUGAUAUGCGACCGCCAUAAGGAUACCUCAAGAGAGGCUCGAAAGAUUGCGCGUCGGUGGGAAAGGGAAGCAGCACAGAAUUCCCACCGUGCAUCCGUCGCCAGCAAGCAACUCUCGUCAUACAACCAGUCUCUAUAA